AUGGCUCGCAAGACCCCCAUCGUUGUGGCAUCCAUGUUGAUACUGAUGCUCCUUGUUCUUUUGACGAGGUUCAAGGGAAGUGUCGUGAGGAACGCAUCAUGCUCUCAUGUGAUAAUUGGGUCAAAUGUUUUGAGUGGUGUCGUCUCUUUGCUGAUACGAAAGGGUACUGUGAUAAAGGUUUACAUAAAGAGGGAGAAUGCCGGCAGCUGGGAUUCUGGGCUGGAAAAGGAGCAAAUAUUAGAGAACUAUUCUGCAUAG